AAUCCACAGGCGCACAUAUCAUUGGUGAUGGCAACACCGUUUCGAGUCUCGCCAACGUCAGUCCACAAGUGAACGCCGGUGUUAACUUACUUAACUCUGUUACACAAACUGUAAGUGGGGCAACAGGUGGUGGCGAUGCCGGUUCAGGUAGGAAGGGUGCUCAAAGACAAAGUAGUACCUUUAUGAAUGGCGCCAACGAUAGUCCCAAGGUCAGCGCUUGCGUAAAUUUCUUAAACGCGAUUUCACAAACUGCUCACUCAGCGCCAUUUGAUGGUGGUUCACGAAGUGUGGGACUCACGGCGGUGGCGCCAAAUAACAUCGGAGGGCAGCAAGUCAGUUCCUCGGGCGCCAAAAUUGUGGGCGAUAAAAAUGUGGUGUCCAGUUUAAUAAAUGUCGAUCCACAAAUCGGUCUAGGCGUGAAUCUCCUGAAUCAAGUCACACAAACUGUGAGUGGUACAGCAGGCGGUGGUGGCGCAGCUAGCGGCCUCUUAGGUGGUGUCGGCGGCGCUGGAAAUAACGUUGGAGGGAAGCAAGCCAUGGACAGCGGCGCUAGCAUUGUUGGUAGUGGCAACCAAGUUACAAGCUUAUUAAAUCUCAGCCCACAAUUAAAUGUCGAUGUGAAUGCCUUGAAUGUGGUUGAACAGCAGACUGUUGCUGGUGUGGCAGGCGCUGCAGCGGGUGGACGUGGUCAAGGUAGCGCAGCGGGCGUUCGAAGAGCUGGAAAUAAUAUUGGCAGUAGUCAGCAACAAUCCACUGGCGCGCGUAUUGUUGGUGAUGGCAACACUGUUUCUAGCCUCGCCAAUGUGAACCCUCAAGUUAAUGCUGGAGUUAAUCUACUCAAUUCGGUUACGCAAACUGUUAGUGGUGUAACCGGAGGUAGUGGUGGUAAAAGUAGUGGACUACUCGGUGGUGUACUGGGUGGUGUGGGCGGUGCUGCCAACAACAUUGGCGGCAAGCAAGUUAUGGACACUGGCUCUACUAUUUCGGGUAGUGGCAAUCAAGUAUUCAGCCUUUUAAAUGUGAAUCCCCAAAUAAAUGCCGAUGUGAAUGCGUUGAACACUAUUCAGCAGACCGCAGUAGGUACUGUUAGUGGUACGGCUGCUUAUGGUAGGGGAAGCUCGGCUGGUACAGAAGCUUCCGUAUCCAGAAAUAAUAUUGGUGGCGGUCAAGCCCAAUUCACUGGCGCUCGCAUUGUUGGUGAUGGCAACACCGUUUCAAGUCUCGCUAAUGUCAAUCCACAAGUGAAUGCUGGCGUAAAUCUACUCAACUCGGUUACACAAACGGUUUCAG